CUGGCGGAGGAAAAAGCAGCGGUGGUGGUUCACCUUCUGAAAUAAACAGGAAGCAAGCGAGCACUACUGUUCACCUGCGUGAUAGUCCUGCGUACGGAGAGGCCGGGCGGAACGCGUGAUCUGCCACACAAACAUUUUGCAUUUGAAACUACUCUGUCGUGACAAGAAAUAUUAACUUUCAGCUGUUUGUUUUCCCGGUACAUUUUUCAACGACCUGAUACCAGAGAGUGACUGAAGAUGCAGUGUCCCAGCCGCUAUCCAGACACCCCCACCAAGGAGCAGAGGCACAGGAACUAAGAGACUUUAGGAAACAGCAGGUCCUUAUGGUUGAGGUGGUGUGUGGUGCCCCUUGCCAUGCCUCCUGCCAUGACAGACCUCCUGGACAUAUGGGCAGCCCACCCGCACCUGGCCGGCCAUGCUCUGGACCAGAUCACUGUGGACUUUCUGCUGCCCACCGGUAUCUAUAUCCAGAUGGAUGUUCCACGCGAGGCCACCAUUCAGCACAUCAAGCUGCUCUUAUGGAAGCAGGCGCAGUCGUUCCCCUUGUUUCCCGCCCUGGGCGAGAUGGAGAGCCACAUGUUCGAGUGUGUCAACCAGGCAGCUGUGCACGAAGAACUGGAGGACGAAACUCGCAGGUUGUGCGACGUCCGCCCUUUCCUACCAGUCCUCAAGCUGGUGACACGCAACUGCGGCCGAGCAGAGCGCCUGCUGGACUCCAAAAUCGGCGUGCUCAUUGGCAAGGGUCUCCAUGAAUUUGAUGCUAUAAAUGACCAGGAGGUGAAGGACUUUCGCAGUAAGAUGUUUCGUAUGAGUGAGGAAAGGAUGCAACAGGUCCAGAUGAUGACAUGCACAGAGUGGCUGCAGGCCUGCUUCUCCCCACAGCUGGAGCCGGUGGCAGAGUCAGCCAUCACUGAUGGGCUCAAUGACCUGAAAGUCAUUAUCCACUUUGACCAGUCUCAGGACUCAGCCAGUCUGAAGGUGGCAUCGUCCUGCACCUCCAAGGAGCUGAUGGAGCUGGCCUUGAGGAAGUGGCUGACCACCCACGGUCCUGAGGAGGAGGCAUGGAGGGGUCAGUACGUACUGAGGGUUAGCCAGUGUCUGGAGUUCCUCUGUGGAGACCACCCCCUGAUUCAGUACAAGUACAUCCGUGCAUGCAUGCAAGCCAAGGAGUCUCCACACCUCACCCUGGUCCACACCAGCACCGUCAAGGGCAUGUUUGACAAAGAGAUCUCUGCCAUCGGAGCGGUCGUUUGCCGCAAGUCCUCCAACCCACCUUUACCACUACCUCCUAAGAGAAGGGCUCCCACGCAAGUACAGACAUGUGUGUGGGACGUGUCUAGCCCGUUUAAGAUAGCUCUAUUGAAGGGCAGCAAGGUGAACGCGGAGGAGACGGCCAAGGUCCAGGUGAGGGCGGGCCUCUUUCAUGGCACAGAGCUGCUGUGCAAGCCAGUAGUGAGCAGUGAAAGCAGCGGACGCUCAGACCAUACCUGGAAAGACAGCAUGCUGGAGUUUGACCUCUCUGUCUGUGACCUGCCACGCAUGACCCGCCUCUGCUUUGCUAUCUAUGCCGUCAUGGAUAAGGUUAAGAAGCAGAAGUCCACCAAAAAUGCUCACACAAACAAGUACCAGACCAUCCGCAAAGCAGGGAAAGUGCACUACCCCAUAGCAUGGGUCAACACAAUGGUGUUUGACUACAAAGGCCAGCUGAAGACAGGAGACAUCAUCCUGCACUGCUGGUCUUCCUUUCCUGACGAACUUGAAGAGAUGCUCAACCCUAUAGGAACCAUUCAGACCAACCCAUACACUGAGAACGCUACAGCACUGCACAUCCACUUCCCAGAGUACUCGUCACACCCCAUCAUCUUCCCCCCAUUCGACAAGAUACUGGAAAAAGCUGCAGAGAUCGCCAGAGCAAGUGACUGUGCACCCAUGGGUCGUGGCGGUAAGAAGUUCCACAUAGAGCUGAAGGAGAUCAUGGAGCGGGACCCGCUCUCUCAGCUGUGUGAAAACGAAAAAGAUUUGAUCUGGACACUACGCUACGACUGUCGUGAGAAUUUCCCUCAGUCACUGCCCAAGCUGCUGCUCUCCGUCAAGUGGAGCAAACAUGAGGACAUGGCCCAGCUCCAGGCACUGCUUCAAAUCUGGCCCAAACUGAGUCCCAGAGAUGCUCUGGAGCUUCUGGACUUCAACUACCCUGACCAGUAUGUCAGAGAAUAUGCUGUGGGUUGUCUGCGUGACAUGAGUAAUGAGGAGCUGUCGCAGUACUUGCUACAGUUGGUGCAGGUGUUACGCUAUGAGCCUUACUAUGACUGCGCCCUCACCCAUUUCCUGCUGGAGCGAGCCCAUGGGAACCGCAAGAUUGGACACUUCCUCUUCUGGCACCUACGGUCAGAGAUCCACAUGCCAGCUGUUUCAGUCCAGUUUGCCCUCAUCCUGGAGGCCUACUGUAGAGGCAGCAUCCCUCAUAUUGAGGUUCUAAAGAAACAAGUGGAGGCCCUGAGUAAGCUAAAGUCAGUGAAUGAACUAAUUAAGCUGGGAACCAUCAAGAAUGCUCGGAGUAAGACCAAGGAGGCAAUGUUGACCAAGGAGGCCAUGAUGACAUGUCUAAGGCAGAGCGGCUACUCAGAGACUCUGUCAGACCUUCACUCCCCUCUAAAUCCCAAUGUCCUGCUGUCGGGCAUCAAUGUGGAGAAGUGUCGGUACAUGGACUCUAAGAUGAAGCCACUCUGGAUUGUGUACAACAACAAGCUGCUGGGGGGCGACACCCUGGGAAUUAUCUUCAAGAAUGGAGAUGACCUAAGACAAGACAUGUUGACCCUCCAGAUUUUGAAGUUAAUGGAUCUGCUUUGGAAGGAGGCUAAUCUGGACCUCAGAAUUGUACCGUAUGGUUGCCUAGCGACAGGUGACCGGGCAGGGCUGAUCGAGGUAGUCUCGUCAGCAGACACGAUUGCCAACAUCCAGCUGACCAGCAGCAACGUGGCAGCAGCUGCGGCCUUCAACAAGGAUGCUCUGCUCAACUGGCUUAAAGAGAGGAACUCUGGUGAUGCUCUUGAUCGGGCUAUUGAGGAGUUCACUCUGUCAUGUGCAGGCUACUGUGUAGCCACCUACGUCCUCGGCAUCGGAGACCGCCACAGUGACAACAUCAUGGUCCGCAGCACCGGACAGCUCUUCCACAUAGACUUUGGUCACAUCCUGGGCAAUUUCAAGUCCAAGUUUGGCAUCAAGAGGGAGCGUGUACCAUUUAUCCUCACACACGACUUCAUCCACGUCAUACAGCAGGGCAAGACGGGAUACACAGAGAAAUUUGGCAGUUUCCGUCAGUACUGUGAGGAAGCCUAUCUAAUCUUGAGGAAGAACGGGAACCUCUUCAUCACACUGUUUGCCCUCAUGCUGACUGCUGGACUGCCUGAGCUCACCUCAGUCAAAGACAUCCAGUACUUAAAGGACUCUCUGGCUCUGGGUAAAACGGACGACGAGGCGCUGAAGCAGUUCCGCCAGAAGUUCGACGAGGCCCUGAGAGAGAGCUGGACAACAAAAGUCAACUGGAUGGCCCACAAUGUGGCCAAAGACAACCGCUCCUAGAGCAGCUGAGACCCUUCAAGGGCCAGGGGCAAAGAGGACACGGGGAAGGAGUGUUCGAGUGUGCAGGAGGGGAAAGGUGUGCCAAGGAGACGGGGUGACAGCCACCCUGAUUUAAAGAAGGGAAUCUAGCAGAAUAUCUCAAACAUGAGCAGAUUCACCCACAUAUACUGUACAGAGUAAACCUAAACCUGAUGAAACAGCACCCUUACUCACUGUAUCCCUCCUCGCCUUGCAUCACUCUGAAAAAUCCAAAUUCAUGGUCUUGUGAGAUUUCUGUGGAAUCAUGGUGGGUAAAGUCAUUGCAAGUUUUGCACAGGCACAACAGCUGAUGGAGCACACAGCCAAAGGAAGGGAACUGAAGCACCCGCUCUGCCCACACUAAAGAUGAACUGUCCCCACGGAAAGGGCUGACGACAAAAAUCAUGUUGUGGAGUGGUUGAAACUCGGCUUGUAUGGACUCUGAAGGGACACAUGGUUUGAACACACCCCUUGUAUAAGUACAAUGGAGAUAACAAAUGGGGUUGGGAAAGGUGGAACUGAAAGACAAACAUCUGACCCCCAUGUCUUAAUUCAAUGUGCCACGCCCACAGGAAGUGCAUCUUAACUGUCUCCCUCCCACUGCCUCAACGUGUGCCUCAAAACUGUGGGAAGAUUGUAUUUUUUAUGAGUUUUCUUUUUAUUUAGCCAUUUAAAAACGUUUCAUGAGAUGUCUAUGUGCCAGACUACUUUACUAGUCCGCAGAGAAAACUUGUGUUAGGGAAAUAUUGAAAGACAAGGAAUGAUCAGAGAAAAAGGUGCCCUGAGCCUUUCAGCCGACUGUUUGAAUCUCGCUGUAUCUGGACUAUAGAACACUGGAAAGUUUUCAGAACAUAUGAAAUAAUAAGAAAUUUCAAAUAGCAUUUUAAUUAACUAAACACUUUAUUUUAGUUUCUUUUAUUUUGAAAUGACAGUGUGCAUCAUUUCUUCCCGAAUUUUCAAAUCAAGAGCAUUAUUGGACAAAGUGUUGUCUGUCACCUGUGAGUUAUCACUAGUCAACUUGUCGUAAAGUCUAAAAGGAUUGUCAGCCUUCUAAAGCGCCAUCCCACUCAUGCUAGCAACCUUGACAGAUAACCUCAAUGAGGAAUAACUGAUGCUUUUUUAACAUGUUAGGACCAAAACAGAAAGCAAAUGUUAAGUCAUUUUAUUAUUCAUACUGUGUUUUUAAUGAUCAGUUUCUGAAUUGAAUGUGAACAUAUGUGCCGCUGUCUUUUUUUUAAGUGUAUUUGUUUUUAUAUGAGCAGGUGUGGGCAGAGUUGGGGGCAUGCGUGGGCGUAGUUUUAUCGGUAGGGACAUUACACUGCGAUGUAAAGCUACUUCCUCGUUUCGACAUAUGGUGCUCCUGAGCAUCUGCAUCUGUGUUUGAUUUUCGUGCAAUAUCCGAGUAUAUGAACCAUAUCCUAUUAUAUAAAACCUUAGGCCUGGGCCUAAGCCUAUAAUGGUUUUUCUGUUGGUUUGUGUGAUGCAGCUGUAUUUCGCACCACUAGCCUUCAAAAGUCUCAGACACUGGAUAUUGUCAAAUGUACAGGCUUUUAUUGUUUUGCUGGUUUUUGUUGUCAUAGGAGUUUUAUUAAAGUUGUUUUCCACCGCGCUGCA